AUGGCAGAGCAGUCAAGAUCAGACAUAGAAUAUAAUCGAAGAGCGGUGAAUACUGAAAGUCUUCACACUGGACGUACGCCGGCCGAAAUAAUUGAGUUAUUCAAAUAUCCGAUAUUGACAGUUUACGAAGUUUCCACUAAAUAUUUAAAAUGGGCGAUUGGUCUCAACCGCUGUAUGUUGAAAAUUAUCGGUUUGUGGCCGCCAGAUAGCAACGAUAUGCGGGAACUAUUGUCUUCGAAACUCCGACGGUUAUUUAAUAUUACCUUACUGAUUUUUGUACUUACGGUACCGGCUUUAAUGUCACUUAUUAGAGUAUGGGGCGACAUGAUGCUGGUAAUAGACAAUUUGCAAUAUACCUUACCUCUGUUGAUAACAAUAUUGAAAGUGUCUAUUAUGUGGGGCAAAAAGGAAGCCUUAAUGCCGUUAAUUAACAUGAUCACGAAGGACUGGGUAAAAACAAAAAUUGAAGAGGAACGAAACGUUAUGCUACAACAAGCUAGAGUCAGUCGCAUAUUCGUUAUGUGUGGUGGACUCAUGAUACUUUCAACAUUGAUUUUUGGUCUCGUUCUUCCAUGUUUUGGAUUGACAUUCAGACACGUGACGAAUUUGACCGAUCCUGGAAAACCCUUGCCGAUACAAUCGUACUACAUAUACGAUAUAUCUAAAAGUCCACAGUUCGAACUGACGCUUCUGGUACAAGGGAUCGGACUGACAUUGUCGGGUCUUACUUACACUGGGGUAGACACAUUCCUUGGAUUAUUAAUUUUACAUAUAUGUGGCCAGAUGGAGAAUCUGCACACGCGUUUAGCAAAUUUGGGAAAGAACACAAAUUAUAAAGUGGCUUUAAAAUAUAAUAUCAAGGAUCAUGUCCGCUUAAUCAGGUUAUUAAAAAAAAAAUGA